AUGUGGGCUGUUACUCUCAGCCCGGGCACCAGCGGAGGUGCAACAUCAUGGACCUACCAGAGUACUGGAUGGUGUCAGGAUCACUGUAUCGCGUCUGCUUCUCCGGCUUUCGCCCUGGCAGCUGGUCAGAAUUGUCUUUGCGCUAAUUACUUACCUGAUCCAUCGACGAAGGUGGAUGAGUCGAAAUGCAAUGACCCUUGUACUGGGUGGCCAGAAGACAUGUGUGGUGGUAUAGGAUACUACUCCAUCUACAAGACCGGUCUUGACAAUAGCGUCUCUACCGCGCCCGACCCAAGCUCAUCGUCAUCCUCAAACAGCACAGCCGAGGCGCCAAACAACACAACUACUUCGGUCUCCUCGACUGGUACCAACAGCGAAGCCACCGUGAUUGUAACUGCCACGAGUGACCCGGGAGCUGCUUCGGCUGCGGCUGCGGCUGCGUCCUCUGCCGAAGCUGCCGAAAGGCAGAAAGACUCGAAUGCCCACACCACAGCAUCUAUUGCUGCAGGUGUUGUUGUCGGAGUUGUUGGUCUGUGUGCUUUGGCAGGUGCUGCGUUCUUCUUCUACCGUUCCCGCAAGCAGAAGUCCGGAGCCUACCAGCGCAGCCACAUGCCUGAGAUGACCGAUGCACGAUUCGAUGGCGCAUAUAUCACCAAUCGUCGCCCAAGUGAGGAUAGUAUCGACUAUCCAGACUUCUCGAGUCAAGUUCUGCAGGUCACAAAUCCUGAUCGACACUACUAA